CGCGAGGGAGGGGGCAGAGGAGGGCGAGGGGAGGAACAAGAGAGCUAGCGGUCCCGCCCGGUGAUGUAGGCAGCCGGGGGAGGGGGAGUCGCGACGCCUGAAGGAGUCCCCAACACAGCCGCGCGCUCUCGGUCUAUUCCACCGAGCGGCCGCCAGCCCCGGCUCCCGCCCUGCCGCCGAAAUCCGGGCGGCGGGGACCGCGGGAUCCCCCCUGUUUGGGCCUGGGGGGCGCCUCCAUUACCCCCAACCCCUGCCUGUCCUAGCUUCCUGCACAACUGGAGCGACUCCCGGGAAAAGCUGUUGCCGGCCGAGCGGCCGCCGCCCGGGUAUCUCGGCUGCUAGCCGCCUGGGCACCGGGCAUCUGCGAAGCCAUCCCCGCCUGGCACUGGGCAUCUCCGGGCACCGACUGUCUGCGGCGCCUCCCAGCUUCUCGCGACCCCCAGGCUGCGGUCUUCUGAGCGCCCUCCCCUCCCCGGAGCAAGACGCCCGUGAAGCCCUCGCGCACCCAGCCCCUUCGGCCGCCACCGCCGCGAUGCUGCCCUGGAGACGAAACAAAUUUGUGCUUGUGGAGGACGAGGCCAAGUGCAAGGCGAAAAGCCUGAGCCCGGGGCUCGCCUACACGUCGCUGCUCUCCAGCUUCCUGCGCUCCUGUCCGGACCUGCUGCCCGACUGGCCGCUUGAACGCCUGGGCCGCGUGUUCCGCAGCCGGCGCCAGAAAGUGGAGCUCAACAAGGAGGACCCGACCUACACCGUGUGGUACUUGGGCAACGCCGUCACCCUGCACGCCAAGGGCGAGGGCUGCACCGACGACGCCGUGGGCAAAAUCUGGGCGCGCUGCGGGCCGGGCGGGGGUACCAAAAUGAAGCUGACGAUGGGGCCUCACGGCAUCCGCAUGCAGCCGUGCGAACGCGGCGCCUCGGGGGGCUCCGGAGCCCGGAGGCCGGCGCACGCCUACCUGCUGCCGCGCAUAACCUAUUGCACGGCGGAUGGACGCUACCCCCGGGUCUUCGCCUGGGUGUACCGCCACCAGGCGCGCCACAAGGCUGUGGUACUGCGCUGUCACGCCGUGCUGCUGGCGCGGGCGCACAAGGCGCGCACCCUGGCCCGCCUGCUCCGCCAGACCGCGCUGGCGGCCUUCAGCGACUUCAAGCGCCUGCAGCGCCAGAGCGACGCACGCCACGUGCGCCAGCAGCACCUCCGCGCCGGGGGCGCAGCCUCUUCUGUGCCCCGCGCCCCAUUGCGUCGCCUGCUCAACGCCAAGUGCGCCUACCGGCCGCCGCCAGCCGAGCGAGGCCGCGGGGCGCCGCGUCUCAGUAGUAUUCAGGAGGAGGACGAGGAAGAGGAUGAGGAGGCUCAGGAGCGCGAGGGAGGAGCCCCUCAGCGAGAGCGGUCGGAGGUGCUCAGCCUGGCCAGGGAGCUGAGGACGUGCAGCCUGCGGGGUGCCCCGGCUCCUCCACCAUCCACGCAGCCCCGCCGCUGGAGGGCCGGCUCCAGGGAGCGGUCGGGUCAGGCACGCUGAGAGCCGAGGAGGCAGGAUUAGCGGCCCCGGACCUGGCCAGCCAGACUUUUAGCCUCCAACCCCAGCCUCGCUUCGGCUCCCCCCGGCUCCCCGCAACCCUAGUCCCCAUUGUGGUCUCUGUUGUUGUCCGC